AUGGAUGUAUUACUAUGGUCCGAUCUUCUUCCAAAAGCACUACAACUAUUGUCACCAACAGUUUGGAUUGUACUGCUAACUUUCAUAGUUUCCAGCGCUAUGUUCUAUCGCCAUCGUGUGGAGCUUGUAAAACAUAUUGAUCGUAUACCGGGCCCACCGGCCCUUCCAUUGCUAGGCAACAGCUUACAAUGGCUGGUUGAUCGUGAUGAAAUGUUUAGCAUGAUCAAUGGAGCACGCCUGUUAUAUGGACGGCGACAAGGAAUCAAUCGUGUCUGGGCCGGAAUGAAGCCGUACAUUCUGAUAUCUAAAGCGACUGCUGUAGAGAAAAUUCUCUUCAGCUCGAAAAACAUCGAAAAAGGCCGCGACUAUGAUUUGCUGAAACCAUGGAUCGGAACCGGCCUUUUGACGAGUCAUGCGGCCAAGUGGCACCAGCGCCGUAAACUGUUGACCCCUACGUUCCACUUCAAGAUACUAGCAAAAUUUGUCGAGGCAUUCAAUAAACAAAGCUUUGUGCUGGUUAGGCAACUGGAAAAACAGCUUAACAAUAUCGAAGGAUUCGAUUGUACUACUUAUGCUACACUGACCUCGUUAGACAUCAUUUGCGAAACGGCCAUGGGCUACCCCAUCUACGCAUUGGAAAAAUCCGACUCCGAAUACGUGAAAGCGCAUGAAAAGAUUUCGGAAAUCAUUUUAGAACGUUUGCAAAAAUUUUGGCUGAGAUCGGAUCUCAUUUUCCGAUUCACCAAGGGCUACGCUGAACACGAACGAUGCUUGAAGAUACUGCACAACUUUUCAUUUAGCAUGAUCAACAAAAGACGAGAAAUGUAUCGCUUGCGGAAACAAAUCCCAAAGGAAGAUAGUUCGUCCUCGACGGGUCAGGAGCAGGAGCCAUCAGCCCAGCGACAGCAACUCGCUUUUUUGGACCUUUUGCUCGAACUAUCAGAAGAUGGCCGAUUGUUGUCCGAUGAAGACAUUCGUGAAGAGGUGGAUACAUUCAUACUAGGAGGGCAUGACACAACCGCCACAGCGCUUGCUUGGAUACUAUACCUAUUGGGAACUGAGCCAGACGUGCAGGAGCGAGUACACCACGAAAUAAGCUCUAUCAUGGGUGGAAACAAAGAGCGUCAUCCCUCGUUGGUCGAGCUUGGAGAAAUGAAGUAUCUAGAAUGUUGCAUAAAGGAAAGCCUGCGACUGUUCCCGAGCAUUCCUAUGUUAUCACGCACGCUCGCUACUAGUGUGAAUAUUGAAGGAUAUCAUAUUCCAGCUGGCACAAACGCAGUGAUAAUGCUCUAUCAGUUGCACAGGGACCCACAGUAUUUCCCCAACCCGGAGAAAUUUAAUCCAGAUCGAUUUCUACCGGAAAAUACCUCCGGUCGGCAUCCUUACUCCUACAUUCCAUUUAGCGCCGGUCCGCGAAACUGUAUUGGUCAGAAAUUUGGAGCACUCGAAGAGAAAGCAGUGAUUUCGGCCGUGGUCAGAAACUAUCGCAUAGAAGCAAUUAAUCGCCGGGAGGAUUUGAUACUGUAUGGUGAUUUGGUAAUGCGUACAAAGGGAGGUCUAAAGAUCCGAAUCCAAAGAAGAAUUUAG